AUGACUAAACCUAGAAACAAACGUCGGAGUUACAAAACACGAGUUACUCACCGCAGAACCUUGUCUCACAUUUCAGAUGCCAGGUCAGGUAACCAAUCGGCAAGAGCAGAGGAAGCGAGGCUAGAACUGCAGCAGGUCAAGGGAUCAGUAAAAGGCGCUUUUCUGCAGCAAGCUUACCAGCAGCAGUCAAAAGGUGCCGUGAAAGGUGCCUUGAAAGGAGCGCUUGUCCAACAGGCGGCCUCCCAACAGGCCAAAGGUGCCAUCAAAGGAGCCCUCAAGGGCGCACUGGUUCAGCAGGCGGCUUCUCAACAAGCCAAAGGUGCCAUAAAGGGUGCACUUAAGGGCGCUCUCGUUCAACAGGCAGCAUCUCAGCAGGCGAAGGGUGCCGUCAAGGGAGCUCUUAAAGGAGCACUGGUUCAGCAGGCGGCAUCUCAACAAGCAAAGGGUGCCAUAAAGGGUGCACUUAAGGGCGCUCUUGUUCAACAGGCAGCAUCCCAGCAGGCGAAGGGUGCCAUCAAGGGAGCUCUUAAGGGAGCACUGGUCCAGCAGGCGGCAUCUCAACAAGCCAAGGGUGCCAUAAAGGGGGCACUUAAGGGCGCUUUGGUUCAACAGGCAGCAUCUCAGCAGGCGAAGGGUGCCAUAAAGGGAGCCCUUAAAGGAGCACUGGUUCAGCAGGCCGCUUCUCAACAAGCAAAGGGUGCAGUGAAAGGUGCACUUAAGGGAGCACUAGUCCAACAGGCAGCAUCUCAGCAGGCGAAGGGUGCCAUCAAGGGAGCCCUUAAGGGAGCACUCGUUCAGCAGGCGGCAUCUCAACAAGCCAAGGGUGCAGUGAAAGGUGCUCUUAAGGGAGCACUUGUCCAGCAGGCAGCAUCCCAGCAGGCUAAAGGUGCAAUCAAAGGAGCCCUAAAGGGAGCACUGGUUCAGCAGGCCGCUUCUCAACAAGCAAAGGGUGCAGUGAAAGGUGCACUUAAGGGAGCACUAGUCCAACAGGCAGCAUCUCAGCAGGCGAAGGGUGCUAUCAAGGGAGCCCUUAAGGGAGCACUCGUUCAGCAGGCGGCAUCUCAACAAGCCAAGGGUGCAGUGAAAGGUGCUCUUAAGGGAGCACUUGUCCAGCAGGCAGCAUCCCAGCAGGCUAAAGGUGCAAUCAAAGGAGCCCUCAAGGGAGCACUGGUUCAGCAGGCGGCAUCUCAACAAGCCAAAGGUGCAGUAAAGGGCGCACUAAAGGGCGCUCUUGUCCAACAGGCAGCCUCUCAGCAGGCGAAGGGUGCCAUCAAGGGAGCUCUGAAAGGAGCGUUGGUUCAACAAGCCGCCUCUCAGCAAGCCAAGGGUGCCAUAAAGGGCGCACUUAAGGGAGCACUUGUCCAGCAGGCAGCAUCCCAGCAGGCGAAGGGGGCCAUCAAGGGUGCUCUUAAGGGAGCAUUAGUUCAGCAGGCCGCUUCUCAACAAGCCAAGGGAGCAGUGAAAGGCGCUCUUAAGGGAGCACUCGUUCAGCAGGCAGCAUCUCAGCAGGCUAAAGGGGCGAUCAAGGGAGCACUUAAAGGAGCACUAGUUCAGCAGGCGGCAUCACAACAAGCCAAAGGUGCCGUAAAGGGAGCACUAAAGGGCGCUCUUGUCCAACAGGCAGCAUCUCAGCAGGCGAAGGGUGCCAUUAAGGGUGCUCUGAAAGGAGCACUGGUUCAACAAGCCGCCUCUCAGCAAGCCAAGGGUGCGAUAAAGGGCGCACUUAAGGGAGCACUUGUCCAGCAGGCGGCAUCCCAGCAGGCAAAGGGGGCCAUCAAGGGUGCUCUUAAGGGAGCAUUAGUUCAGCAGGCCGCUUCUCAACAAGCCAAAGGAGCAGUGAAAGGCGCUCUUAAGGGAGCACUUGUUCAGCAGGCAGCAUCUCAGCAGGCUAAAGGCGCGAUCAAGGGAGCACUUAAAGGAGCACUGGUUCAGCAGGCGGCAUCACAACAAGCCAAAGGUGCCGUAAAGGGAGCACUAAAGGGAGCUCUUGUCCAACAGGCAGCAUCUCAGCAGGCGAAGGGUGCCAUUAAGGGUGCUCUGAAAGGAGCACUGGUUCAACAGGCCGCCUCUCAACAAGCCAAGGGAGCCAUAAAGGGCGCACUUAAGGGAGCACUUGUCCAGCAAGCAGCUUCCCAGCAAGCGAAGGGAGCCAUCAAAGGUGCUCUUAAGGGAGCACUGGUUCAGCAGGCCGCUUCUCAACAAGCAAAGGGAGCCAUAAAAGGCGCACUCAAAGGCGCUCUUGUUCAGCAAGCAGCAUCUCAACAAGCAAAAGGUGCCAUCAAGGGGGCCCUUAAGGGAGCACUUGUUCAGCAGGCUGCUUCUCAGCAAGCUAAGGGUGCCGUAAAAGGCGCGCUCAAAGGCGCUCUUGUUCAGCAGGCGGCAUCUCAGCAGGCAAAGGGUGCCAUCAAGGGGGCCCUUAAGGGAGCACUGGUUCAGCAGGCGGCAUCUCAACAAGCCAAGGGUGCCAUAAAGGGAGCUCUCAAGGGUGCUCUUGUUCAACAAGCAGCAUCUCAGCAGGCAAAGGGCGCCAUCAAGGGAGCCCUUAAGGGAGCACUGGUUCAGCAGGCGGCAUCUCAACAAGCCAAGGGUGCAAUAAAGGGAGCUCUUAAGGGUGCGCUGGUUCAGCAGGCGGCAUCUCAACAAGCCAAGGGCGCCGUAAAGGGUGCACUUAAAGGUGCUCUUGUUCAGCAAGCAGCAUCACAGCAAGCCAAAGGUGCCAUCAAGGGAGCCCUUAAAGGUGCUCUGGUUCAGCAGGCCGCUUCUCAACAAGCCAAGGGUGCAGUGAAAGGCGCUCUUAAGGGAGCACUGGUUCAACAAGCAGCAUCCCAGCAAGCCAAAGGUGCCGUUAAAGGAGCCUUGAAAGGAGGUCUCGUUCAGCAGUUAGCAUCACAGCAAGCGAAGGGUUAA